CCACGUUCCGCUUUACGGAUUUCGGUGAAGAAACAAUUGGCCUGGGAUGGAUGCAUUGUCCGCUGCGAUUCCUCUGGAUGACUCGCCAGCUCGAGCCAAUGCCCUAGUCAUGACCAUGGAUCAUCUGGUAGAUCUUCUCUCUGCCAUCGUGCAUCGACUCCAUGCAGCACUGACGACCUUGCUCUUGUUCAUCGUCUCCCUGGGACCUAUCCCUCGUCAUGUCGGAUUCGUCAUGGAUGGUAAUAGACGAUAUGCAAAGGGUAGAGGAAGGAGGGUAGCGGAGGGUCACUCAGAUGGAUUCGAUGCGCUCAAGAGAACACUCGAGAUAUGUCUCAGGCUACGCAUACGAGCCGUCUCAAUCUAUGCCUUUUCAAUAGACAACUUCAAGAGGGACGAGAAAGAAGUUGAGGCUCUGUUCAGACUGGCCAAGACAAAGUUGAUGGAACUGUGUCAGCACGAUGAACUCCUCAACGCCUACGGGAUCCGAUUGCGAUGGAUAGGCCGAAGGGACAUGUUCCCGCCAGAUAUGACCGAGUGUAUAUUAAAGAUGGAGCAAAUGACAGAGCACAACACGGCUGGAGUCCUCAAUGUGUGCAGUCCCUACACUUCUCGGGACGAGAUGACGACUGCGAUGCGGCACGUUGUGGACGGGGAAAUGAGCACGUUCAACUCGAAGGACAUCUUCAACCACCUAGAGACGACCGAAUCCAUUCGACAGUUGAAUCACGAUGCCGGGACCGAAGGGCUUGAUGAUGGGAGGCUGGAUAUUCUGGUCCGAACCUCGAAUGUCAAGCGUUUGAGCGACUUUAUGAUGUGGCAGGCCUCUGAAGACACUCAGCUACACUUUGUCCAGUCGAAAUGGCCAGAGUUCAGUCUUACAGAUUUCUUGCCCAUUCUGCUCGGUUGGCAGCAAAAGAAGUGGCUGCGAUCAAUACGACGGACAUUGUCAAUCUCAUGAGUGGUGCACGUAUGCAU